AUGGCUCGAGUCGCUUGCAUAUUUCUGGUCUUUGUGCUGGCCUAUCACCGUGCUGACGCGGUAAACGGUGAUGUGGAAGAGGAAGACCUUCCAGAUUUCGUAGGGAGUAAAGGACUAUUCCUUGAAAGAUUGAAGGGGGCUUGUAACAAGUAUUAUGACACGAGGGUUAUUGAAGCACUUGAUUUAUCUCACUGCCGCUUUAAUUGCCGUGUCCACCUUGCUGUGCUUUUUGGUGGAAUACGUCCUACACUACUGCUAACAAGCCGAGAACCAUGCAGCAAUGAUGGCAGGAUAUGCGUCCGAGGAGUAUGCACCUACGCGUCAUGA